AUGCAGUUAAAUGAAAAUGAAGAAAAAAUCAUAAAAGACUUAUUCAAAAAAGUUACAUUAUAUUAUAAAGAGUAUAUGUCUAUGCCAGAUGAUGGCGAUUUUCCUAAUUAACAUUGUGUAGAUGAUAUUGCAGCAUCAUUUAGAAUAAUUUGUUAAAUUGUUGAAUCAUUUUUGAUAGGUUAUAAAUAAUUAUAACAUCAGCAUGUUUUAUUAGAAUAAAAAUUAGUUGAAGCUGAAUCAGAGAUUAGAAAUCAUAUUAGAAUUUAAUAAGAAAUAAAGGUUUGGGGAGAUUCUUUACAGGAUGAGAUUAUAUCUUUACAAUAGGACUUAAAACGAUAGAAAGUAAAAGUGUUGGUAAAAAACAAAUUUAAUGAAUUCUUAAGACACUUGAAAGAGAAUUAAGUUUAUAGAAAAAUUAUAAAAAUGCAUGCACAAGUUAAGAAAGAUUACCAACAGAAACAACUUAAGAUAGACAAGACAAAAUGCUGA